GGCGGACAGCCAAGCUAGCAAGCACCCGCAAAGAAAGAAAGAGCCAACAACAUGAGGAGAGACCAGCCAUGACACAAGAAGAAGAAGAAGAAGAAGACAAUGACAAUACUAUUUGACCACUCCAGUGAUGACGGUACAAGAUCAUGCCACUCUACUAAAGAACUCCACGUGGCUCCCAUGGUGAAUUACUCGAACCGGGAGUUUCGAGCCUUGUUGCGGAUUUUGAGUCGGCGUCUUGUUCUGUGGACGGAAAUGUUGGCUGACAAUACGCUCUUGCAUACCAGUGCUGCCAAACGAGACGACUUGUUAUUACAAGACGACGACAAUAACAGUAAUCGAAAUGUCAUUGUGCAAAUUGGCAGCAAUUCCCCAGAACGUGCGGCGCAAUGUGUGGCCAUAUUACUACAACACGAGCACUACUAUCUGUAUAUUAAAGAAAUCAAUUUGAAUUGCGAAUGUCCUUCUUCGACGGUUGCGGAAAAGAAUCAAUUUGGAGCCGCCUUGAUGAAAUCACCGACUCGAAUGGCCGAUAUUGUGGCGGCCAUGCAAUCUGCUGCUCUUGCUCAUCAUCUUGAUAUAGAUGUAUCCAUCAAGAUGAGAAUUGGAGUGGACGACCAAGAUGAUUGGGAGUUUGUGGCCAACUUGAUUGGACUGUUGGUGGAACGGGGUGGUUGUACUCGCUUUAUUCUUCAUGCCCGCAAAGUCUACUUGCAAGGCUUGAAUGCCCGUCAGAAUCGAACCAAACCACCACUCAAUUACCAACGAGUCUUUCGACUCUGUCAUCAAUUUCCCAACUGUCACUUUUGGCUCAAUGGAGGGAUUGCCACUCUAGAGCAAGCCAAGGAGUUGGCGUAUGGAUACACCAACACAUGCAGUCAUCAUGACACGACAUGUCAGGAAGACGCUUUGACCGCACCACUCCCGGUGGCACCACCCAAUCUGCGAGGAGUCAUGAUGGGACGAGCGGCAUUGGACAAUGUGGCACUUUUUGGAGAUGUCGAUCGAUACUUUUAUGGAGCCCCAUCCAAUCCGUGUCACAAUCGAGCGGAUGUGCUCGAACAGUACUGUCUCUACCUGGAACGAACGUAUCCUCGACGAUGUUGUGAUAACAACAGUUGCAAGACACUACGAUAUCCUGCCCCCGUCAUCCACUUUACUGCCCCGUUUUGUCCAGUGUGUCAAGUAUUGUAUGGGACCACCAUUCUCACCAGCCUGAUGCAAGACGACAAUGACGAUGAUGAGAAUACAGCACCCACUACCACACAACAAUCUCAUCAUGACCGUGCUGCUGGCACUAAUAAUAAGGACAAGAUAUCGUCCCGACUCAUUGGCAAUGCCCUCAAACCGGUCCAAAGUCUCUUUGCCGGAUUGCCCUGUCACAAAGCAUUUCGCAGGGCGUCCAGUGUGCUUGUUGUUCAAGAUGCUACCAUUCGCAAUUGUGGACCCGGAUUUGUCUUGAGAAUGGCCGUCCGCCAAUCGGUGCCACGGGAAUAUCUCGUCCAACCGCUGGUGGUACCGUAACAGAGGAAUGAAGGAAGGAAGCAAUACGGUAGCUAGUACAGCACAACAACAAAAAUACCCUCACCGAGGCAGAGCAUCAGGCAGGCAGCAUCAGAUACAGUCCAUGCUUGCCACGCAUGAGUGACUCCAAACUGGAUG